GUGACGAACUUCCUGCCCACAUGAUCUUGUAUUCACAGGAUUUUUCAUUAUAAUUACUACAAAAGGAACUAUGUGACAACGGAAUUCGACGUACAGAUGUUGACUUUGUGUCACAAGGGUGUUAAAAGAAAGACAUUUUCGUCGUGACAGUCAACGAUGUUCUUUGUAUUUACGUUGGCUUCCUUUGGCCAAGGACGGAGAACUGGAACAUCACAAAGAGAAUGAGCUAGCGUAUCGUAAAACGAUCAAGAGAGGCGUUAUCUGAACUUGAGUAGGACAUCCCAAGUAUACAUUCGCAUUUCGCAAUAAUUGUCAUCGCUUUAAAGGCAAAUUCAAUGCAGCGGUCUUCUGUUGACUUCAUCGAGUGGAAGGCAUUCUCCAGUCGCAGCAGUAGGUUCCCUAUACUUUCAUCUCUUCCGGCAAAGUCACCACAGAAGGGAAACGGGCCUGUUACUGCAGUUAAGAGGAAUUUAUGGGAUCACAAGUUUCAUCUGAUGAGAUGAGCGUGCGAGCGGGGCAGGGGAGUGACGAGGUGCUGGUGUCUCAGGCGGUGUGGGAUUACCUUGCAGCCGCUGGACGGCCCUGGUUGGUUGACUUUGAGGACAAGCAGGGACUAAGCGCAGACAUCAUCCGACGUGGGGAGCGCGGUGGCUGCUGCGCCGUGCGGCUCACCCCAGUGGAGGGCAGCAGCAGGGCCAGAACUGGGCCGACAGAAGGGCCUGUUUCUCCCGUUACACGAAAAGCUUUUAUAGACUUAUGCCGCUGUGCCCGAAAAGAGAUGACCAAACAAGAGGCAGCUCCUAAAAGGAAACGUUCUCUGUUACCCUGUGUGACGGCAAUGGAACCCGACGGGGAAGGGAGCUUGCUACCCCCACCACAACCACGUCGCUCUCAGAGACAGCAGCAGAAGUACAAAAAAAAUGCAUGUGAGGUGGACAACUGCAUGGUUUUACCCAUGCAACAUGAAGCCGCGACAAGAACCGGGCCAGAAUCAAACGUCAGUCAGUUAAACGAAGAAGAAAGCACUAUUUGCUCUAUCUGCAUGGGGGAGAUAGCAGAAAAGACAACUCUAGACAAAUGCGGCCACACAUUCUGCCGGUCUUGCUUAGAACAGGCGUUUCAGGUAAAGAAGGCGUGUCCCGUGUGCAGACUCGUGUAUGGUCAGCUCAUCGGUAACCAACCAGCCAUUGGGAGCAUGAUGGUGGAAAGAGACCCAGACCUGGAGUUGCCUGGACAUGAAGGUUACGGCUGUAUAUGCAUAAUUUACAACUUCCCUCCAGGUUUCCAAGCGCAAGAGCAUCCAAACCCCGGGGUGAGGUACCCAGGCACAGAUCGUGUGGCAUACCUGCCGGACAGUCCCGAGGGAAACCGUGUUUUACGCAUGCUGCGUCGGGCGUUUGAACAGCGCCUUAUCUUUACCAUAGGCACCUCCAUGACCACUGGCAUGCAUAAUGUUAUUACUUGGAAUGAUAUUCAUCACAAGACCUCUAUAUGUGGUGGACCACGAUGCUUUGGUUAUCCAGAUCCUACAUAUCUUGUGCGGGUGACAGAGGAAUUACAAGAGAAAGGAAUAACACCCGAUUGACCAUUUCUUCGUAGCAUCUAAGACCUUUCAAAAAGAUGGCAAAUGUGUGCACCUGACCAAAGUCUUAUCACAAACUCACUGUGUCAGACCAAGCCACAGUCAUCUGCUGCAGCAUUGGUUCAGGACGCUGUCACAAUGUUUAAUGGUUUUGUUUUAGUCUUUAUGUUUAGCUUUGUUCCUCGGUUUACAUGAGUGAAGGCAGUGUGUUUCCAUACACUUUUCUUUGGCACAAACUGGGCUGCACUUUACCGAAACAGAUGUUCAAAUGGUACUCAGCUGAGUUUAAGGUACCCAUUGGACUGCUAAAAUGUGAAUGUCGAGAGGUGUACAGAGGUUUCCUUAUCUGCAGUACAGCUUUCCUUUUCCCUCUGUCAGGUAAGAACCAAUGUCUAGGCUGCCGGCCUCUGUCUUUCUCUGGUUCUUCCAUCCACAUUACGCUUAAUGGCCUUGUCAAAUUAUGGUAACAUCUGGAUGAGGAGAAAUGAAGGGGCAAUGGCAUAGCACAGCUAAAUGGGUACAGCUGGGACAAUCCCAUACAACCUUUUUUUUCUAGUAAUCAGCACUAAGAGGCACUUUGCAGUAUAGGUAUGUAUGGUGAGAAUUUAAAGUGCAUUCUGCCUGAUCUUCCAGAGUGGUUUUUGUGAGCCUUUCUAAAUAUAAGGUCCCUGUUAUGCGUUGAUUUCAGUCCUAAUUUUGAUCCUUUAACAUCCAUUUUCCUUCAUCCUUCAGGAAAUGUUGUGGUUAUUUAUUUAACGUCGGGUGCAUGAGAAUAGUGUGUUUUUUCUCGCUUGCUGUUUGUUGGAUUCAAUUUUCCCUUAUUUGGAUUUUUUGUUGAUAUUUACAGGUUUGUGAGUUUUCAAGUUGAUGUCAAAACUUCUGCCACUUAUAUAAAAUGAUGUCAAAUAAAAGGGCGUGUAAACCACUUAAACCAAACUAAAGAGUAUAAUAGCUGAAAUCAUAGUAACCGUUUGGGUUUUUGCCUCAGACUUCCAGAAAAACCUGGCAUUAGGUUUAUUUUGAAGAAUUAGCAGCUUUGUCCAUGCAAAGUUUUCUGAGGUACAAAACAAUUCAAUAACAAAGCAAAUGGGUGGAUCUCACAAAAAACUUCAAGGUCACAUUUAACCACAAAACCAAAAAGAAACUAAAUAAGUUUUGGAUUAAUGAAGACUAUAUGUGAUUCUAUGACAUUAUAGUUAUGAGAACCGGAGGGGAAAGGUGUGCUUAAAUGCCAUGCCAAAUUACACUAAAAUGCAAAAAAUCAAAAUUUUAUACACAAUAUAAUUUAUUUUUCCUUUUAGCUUUCUUUUGAUCUUGUUGUGAAGUAUGCCCCAGGUGUGUUCUUGACAGAUUUUGUGAAAUUCACUUAAAUGUCCAACAUUUAUGCUAGCUAUCUUUCAUAAAGCAAAUUAUCAGAUUUUUUCCUCAUUAAAAUGUUAUUGUGCCUUCUACUUAAGGUCACAGCCUUUUAUUAUUAAUAGUAUACUCUUUUCUCACUAAUAUUUUAUUUUCUAAAUUGUUCUCAGCUUUAUGCUAAAUCCAUCAUACUGUAGAGCUGGAUUAUCAAGUUUACAAUUGUUUUGCAUAAACCAAAACAUGUUUACUUUGUGUUAAAAAGGCCUUUGUGUUGUCUUUGGUUGUUCCCGUUUUAUAGUAUCAUUAAAUUAAGUUUUCUUCACCCCCACCGUUUAUUUUAUGAAGGAUCAAUUCAGUCAGGAAUCGUAGGACUAAAAUGUUACUGUCAUGCAAAAUUCUAUGCACUUCCAAAUCAGAUUUAUAAAAUAGACCUCUUCAGAUGACUGAUUGUUCAAAGUUAAUAAUUUGCCUUUAUAGUUGAUUUGUAUUACGUAAUUAAAUUUUAUGCUACAAUUAAAAUGUGCUUUACAUUUUCAUACUUGAAUAAAGGGGUUCUGUUCUGUUACAUUGAAUUCUGUUGUUUU